UAUGCGGAUAUUUGGAAAAUCAAGCGGCAAAAGGACCUGCGUGCUUUUAUUUUGCCGUGCUUACCCUACCCUGUUCUCCUUGUCAGCGUUAUCUGACUUUUUUUUUAAACUUUUGUAUCGAUUGCUUGCUUCGGAGCUCCUUGUUGUUAGCCAUUUGCUAAUAUUUUGGUCUGCUUUCACAUUCCCAUACGUCCCAUGUGCUUGUUUGUAGCUUCUCCCAAUGGCACUAAGGAAAGAAGUAUUUCAAUCUAAAGUUCUCCAGAAGCUCUAUCCUGCUGCACCUGCUUUACAAAACUCUGCAGACUCUAGCAGUGCAACACUGUCCAAGAAACCUACAGUCAAAAGAUUUACUCCAGGAAACACUAAUGCAGGAAGCACUAGCACUCCUGCCAAGCGCAUAUAUACAGCCCUUCCUCCUCCAGCAGACUACAAGACAGAUGCAGAGAAAUCUGUCACACACUCUGCGCCUGAAACCCUACAGAAUGCUGAAGACCCAGCUGAAAAGAGUGAUAAUGAAAGCAGCAAUGAGACAGACCAGGCAAAAGAUUCCGAAGAAAAAAAGAGGAGAAGAACGCGAAAAAAGCGGAAAGAUCAUAUGCCCCCCCUGAACCAAACAGCUGUGAAUGAAGGAGAGGGGCGAAUGCACAAAAAUAAAAAGAGGAAGCUGAAGAAGAAAAGGCACAAGGAAAAGCUGCUCUCCAUGGGUCUGGUGCCACGAGCCGCCGCUGUCGAGUUCACAUACCAGAGAGAGGGACAGAGGCCGGAGGAGGGCAAGGAGGAGGAGCAGCAGGAUGGGAGUUGCCAAGUGAACAGACCUGGACAGGACUGCAGAGGAAAUCCAUAAAAUGGAAGGCAACUCUAGAGGCAAUUCUUCUUUGGAAAAGUGGAUAGCCCUUUAAGCUUUGGAUACUAUUGGACGUGAACUUCAACCCCCAUCCACCUCUGUCCUGAAACUGCUCCAUGCCCUUAGAACAGAAUUGGGUCUUGCGACUUUUUCAACAGCCUUACCCUGCCUCUUGAUCAAACUGGCCACUUCUCAUUAAUCCAUACUGGAUGGUGACCUCUCAUUUUCUUCUACAAAGUUUCUGCCCAGUCUUGCUGUUUUUAGGAUAACCUCCAGUGCCAAUUGCUUUAAUCCCC